AGCGAAGUCAAUCUAUCAGCAACUGUGUGCAUCUUUGUGAGGCUUUGCCGGCCACUAAAAGUGUGCCCAUGCUGCUCCACACUGUCAGCUCUUUCUUACCUGGUAUCUCUCACAGACUCUCAGAUGUGGAGGAGUGUCAGCUGUCUGAAUGUGAGAUGGGGGAUGGAGACAGUCCUCUGCCCCGCAGCAGUAGCACCUCUGACAUCACACAGCAGAUCACUGACACCUUCCCAGGUCAGAAGAGAAAUGAGUCUGUGUCAGAGAGCAGCUCUACAAGGAAAAGAGAGAGCGAUGCACCCACGAUUCUGAUCCGGCGGAGCAGCAGUCCAGCAGAUCUGGAUUAUCCAGCAGACGGAGCUCCAGCAUUCCUGAAGAUUAAACUGCGGGAGAAAAGUGAGAGUGUGAGCAGUGAGACGUCUAAUGGUUAUCUGAACGAUGCUGAGGUGGGUCUGCUGGCGUGGCAUGCGGUUGAGGAGGAGCCGGACUCUCCCUCUACACAUGACAUGAGCAUGAGCGCUACCGUGGAUACAGUGAGCCAGAGGAGCCUCCUGCUCAGCCACACUGAAGCACUGGCAGACAGCAGUGAGUUUCUGGCUGAUGACAUCAGCAUCAUCGCCGGCGGCAGUUUGACCGGUUGGCACGCCGACUCGGCCUUCGUUCUCUGGAGGAGGAUCUUGGGGAUUCUGGGUGAUGUGAACAGCAUCCGCUGUGCCCGCAUCCACGCCAAGGUCUUCAGUUACCUCUACGAGCUCUGGCACAAGCUGGCCAAGAUCAGAGAUAAUCUUGGGAUCAGAGUGGAUGCAGACACAGCCGUGGCCAGACCCUUGUUCAUCCCUCCUCUGCGCAUGCUGGCCUCCUGGCUUUUCAAGGCUACCAUGCUGCCGGCAGAGUUCAAGGCUGGGAAGCUCCAGGCGUAUAAGCUGAUCUGUGAGAUGAUGACCAAACAUCAGGACGUGCUGCCCAACAGUGACUUCCUGGUGCAUCUCUACCACGUCAUGCACAAAGGCUUCACCAGUGACGAUCAGGAUGUGUUGAACACGAUGAUUAGGUGGUGCUCACCACGCUUCUUUUUCCUGGGUCUGCCGGGCUUCACCAUGCUGGUGGGAGACUUCAUCACCGCGGCUGCUCGUGUCCUCAACACUGACUCCUUUGAGGCUCCACGGAUCGAGGCUCAGACAGUUCUUGGUUCGCUGGUGUGCUUCCCUAACCUGUAUCAACAGAUCCCCUCUUUGCAGUCUGUUCCCGGGUCUGAGGAUAUCGUAGUUGGCAAAGAGGACAUGAAGGACUACCUUGUGAACAUCCUUUUGAAGACGGCACGCAAUGAGACAUGUGAAGGAGCCAGGUGUGUAGCGAUCUGCAGUCUGGGGCUGUGGGUGUGUGAGGAGCUGAGACAGACAGAAACUCACCAUCAGGUCAAAGAUGCCAUUAACGUCCUGGGCGUCACGUUGAAGUUUGGAAAUAAGGUGGUGGCCAAUGUGGCCUGUGACAUCUUUCAGCUGCUGAUUUCUCACUGGCAGCACUUACAGAGACUGGAUCCGUCCCUUCCCAAAAGAAUUAUAGAGAUUUUUGUAGCAACCAUAGCAUUUCUUCUGCCCAGUGCUGAACACUCAACAGUUGAGGCAGAUAAAAAGUUAAUGGUGUCUCUACUGCUGUGCCUGCUGGACUGGUGCAUGGCCGUACCUCUCUCCAUCCUGCUGGAGCCCAUCACUAUGCCUGUGCUGGACGACCCCGCCUCGCAGAAAGCCCCUCUACUCGACUACAUUUACAGGGUGCUGCACACUUGUGUAUCAGGGUCUAAUCUGCACACUCAACAGAGUCACUACCUCCUCAGCCUUGCUGAUCUGUCAACAGACUAUGAACCCUUCCUUACUUUAGGCAAUGUCAAGAGCUUUGAACCAUCGCCCAUACACAAUGUCAUGGGAGACUUCGGAAAUCUCCUCACUGUGGCUGAAGAAAAGAAAAGGAGAAGCCUGGAGCUGAUUCCUCUGACCGCUCGGAUGCUAAUGACACACCUGGUCAAUCAUUUGGGCCACCAUCCUCUCAGUGGCGGCCCUGCCCUCUUAAACAGCCUGAUCAGCGAGAACCACGACAACCCCUACGUAGAGUCUUCUGAGCUCUCCUCUGAAGUCUUCAAAAGCCCCAAUCUACAGCUCUUUGUCUUCAAUGACAGCACACUAGUCUCAUACCUGCAGAUCCCCUCUGACAGUUCCAGCACGGCCCAAGUAAGUGCCAACCCGAGGGAUCAUUCGUCUGAGGUCCGCGUCAUCGUCAGGGACAUCUCGGGAAAGUACUCGUGGGACGGCGGUGUUCUGUUCCGCACUUUGGACGGAACUGGCUUGAGUUUGGGUGGCAGCAGAGAUCAGUUGUCACACGACGCCACUCACUCUGUCCGCUUCAGUAAAUGCUCCUCUGAGCUGGAAGUGGAAGAUGGCGUGGAUGUGUUGGACCAGCUACUGGAAGACCUUGGCCACAGCAGCCCCGAGUGCCUGCCGCAGCUCCAGCUGAGGCUCACCCAGCCGCCCUCUCCACCCAUCGGCAUGAACCCUGAGAUGGAAGGGCUCAUCAUGGAUGCCAUCCACAGACAGGCCAAACAGGAGGACGAGGAACUGGUCCGACGACAGACUGAAGACCCCAGCGUCAGAGCAGAGAGACAGAGAGAGCCCACGCUGCACGAGCCCAAAUCUCCUUUUUUCCUCUGCAGACUUCUCCUCAAUGACCUCGGCAUGAACUCAUGGGAUCGCAGAAAAAGCUUUCAUCUUCUAAAGAAGAACUCCAAGCUCUUGAGAGAGCUGAAGAAUUUGGACUCAAGUCAAUGUCGAGAGACGCACAAGAUUGCCAUGUUCUACAUUGGAGAAGGCCAGGAGGACAAAUGCUCCAUUCUGUCCAACACGGAGGGCAGUCAGGCGUAUGAGGACUUUGUCUCUGGGCUGGGAUGGGAGGUGAAUCUGGCCACUCACUGUGGGUUUAUGGGUGGUUUGCAGAGAAACGGCAGCACAGGAAGCACAGCACCAUAUUACGCUACCUCCAACGUUGAGGCCAUCUUCCAUGUGUCGACUCGCAUGCCUUCUGACUCAGAUGACUCCAUCACAAAAAAGCUUCGUCACUUGGGAAACGAUGAAGUGCACAUCGUGUGGUCGGAGCACACGCGGGAUUACAGACGAGGAAUCAUUCCCACCGACUUCGGAGAUGUCCUCAUCAUUAUCUACCCAAUAAAAAACCACAUGUUCUUUGUUCAGAUCAUGAAAAAAACCCAGGUUCCUUUCUUUGGGCCUCUGUUCGACGGGGCGAUAGUGACUGGAACGCUGUUGCCGAGUCUGGUGCGGGCCACGUGCAUCAAUGCCAGCAGGGCUGUGAAGUCUCGACUGCCACUUUACCAGAGUUUGUAUCCUUCACGUUUACGGUAG